CCCCCUGCAAAUCAUUCCCUAACAACAGGACAUUGCUCUGAAGUGUGGCCAGGUCCCCAGUGCAGUAGAAUUGCUGCUAUGCACCUCCCUCCUACCAGCCUGUGGGGGUUCUGCAGCUGAGUUCAUCACCAGGGACAGGUGACCUGAGCUGUCCUUGGAGCCCAGCUCCCAUUGCCUUCUGGUUCUGGCAGAUCUCUUCGUUAUGACCUGGCUGCUGGGGUACGUGGACCCCACAGAGCCCAGCUUUGUGGCGGCUGUGCUCACCAUUGUGUUCAACCCACUCUUCUGGAAUGUGGUAGCAAGGUGGGAGCAGAGAACUCGCAAGUUGAGCAGGGCCUUCGGGUCCCCCUACCUAGCCUGCUAUUUCCUGGGCAGCAGCAUCCUGCUUCUGAACGUCCUCCGCUCCCACUGCUUCACACAGGCCAUGAUGAGCCAGCCCAAGAUGGAAGGCCUGGAUAAUCACACCACCUACUUCCUCGGCCUUGUGCUCCUCGGUGGGGGCAUUGUAUUUGUGCUGUCCAGCUUCUUUGCACUGGGGUUCACUGGGACCUUUCUAGGUGACUACUUUGGGAUCCUCAAGGAGGCCAGAGUGACCACAUUUCCCUUCAACGUGCUAGACAACCCCAUGUACUGGGGGAGUACAGCCAACUACCUAGGCUGGGCACUUAUGCACGCCAGUCCCACAGGCCUGCUGCUGACGGUGCUGGUGGCACUUGUCUACGUGGUGGCUCUCCUGUAUGAGGAGCCCUUCACUGCUGAGAUCUACCGACAGAAAGCCACCAGGUUGCACAAAAGGAGCUGACGGGGCCAUGGGGGAUCUGUGAAAAGCCGGACUGGCCUCCCGCCUGCCCCAGGCAUCAACUGUUUUGGGGGAGAACAGCGCUGGCCACUGCACCUGUGCCUUGGAAACCAGUCAUGGAGACCCCGGGCGUUAUGCCCUGUGACCACUGAGUCUCCCACCCUCAUCACGCCCCAACACACUAAUAAAGGCACUGUGACCUCA